AUGGCCGACACUACACAGACAGCUGCGUUCCCGCUGGGCACCGUCAGCUACUCGGACGGCGGCGGCAGCAGCGACGGCUCGGGGGUCGACAACGCCGGCGGCGCGUCCGGCACAUCGUCGGGCGGCAUUAACUUGUCGCACGGCGCCAUGAUUGCCAUCAUCCUCGUGGUCGUGCUCGUGGCCGUUUUUGGAACCGCCUCGGCUGUCCUCUUUUACCUCGCCAAGAAGCGCGAGUGGAAGGUCCGCCAGAGCAUCCGCAGAUCGGCGCGGCGUGUCGUCACGGCGCUCACGCCACGGCGCUCCGAGUUUCCCACGUCGGUCAAGGAUGGACCGCGGGGUGGUCGCGGUGUGCGGAUCGACGACGUGCCGCCGACACCGCGUCUGCCCAAAGACCUGGAGAAGGGCCUGGGCGGUCGUGACGACAGCGGACGGUCAAACAAAUCAAGCAAGACGAGCAAGGCAAGCAAGUCGGGCGCGAAGAUGAAGCUCUCCAGUAUCGGGCAGAAGUGA